GCGCGGGGCCGCUAGUGGUUAGGUCUGAGGGUCUAGGAAAGCUGCGCGAGGGAGAGCGAGGAGUCGCGAGUGAGCCAACGGGUACCGCGACAGUCUGGUGGGGUCCGCCCGGGUGGCGGCCUCGGAAAGAAGUUGGAGCUCCUCUGACCGCUGCGACCUCCCUCCUGACGCGACGGAGGAGUGGUUAAAGUGAACUAACAAUGGCCAGUAAUCACAAACCUUCUGCAGCUCGCCCUGUUUCACGAGGUGGAAUUGGGUUGCCUGGAAGACCUCCUUCUGGAAUACGACCCCCAUCAGGAAAUAUUCGAGUGGCAACUGGAAUGCCACCUGGAACAGCAAGACCAGGCUCUCGUGGUGGUCCCAUAGGGACAGGAGGAGUUCUGUCUUCUCAAAUCAAAGUUGCUGACCGUCCUGUAACACAACAAGGUUUGAGUGGAAUGAAAACUGGAAUGAAAGGUCCCCAGAGGCAAAUUUUAGACAAAUCUUACUAUCUUGGGCUUCUUCGAAGUAAAAUAAGUGAACUUACAACAGAAAUUAAUAAACUUCAGAAAGAGAUAGAAAUGUACAAUCAAGAAAAUUCAGUAUAUUUGUCAUAUGAAAAGAGAGCUGAGACUUUAGCUGUUGAAAUCAAAGAAUUUCAAGGACAACUAGCAGACUACAACAUGUUGGUAGAUAAACUUAAUACCAAUACUGAAAUGGAAGAAGUAAUGAAUGAUUACAACAUGCUUAAAGCUCAAAAUGAUCGAGAAACACAAAAUAUGGAUAUCAUAUUUACUGAAAGACAAGCGAAGGAAAAACAAAUUAGAAGUGUAGAAGAAGAAGUUGAACAGGAAAAACAAGCAGCAGAUGGCAUUAUCAAAAACAUGUCUCCUGAAAAACAAGUCAAGUACAUAGAAAUGAAAACCACAAAUGAGAAAUUGUUGCAGGAGUUAGACACACUUCAGCAACAACUAGAUUCACUGAACAUGAAAAAAGAGAGCUUGGAAGCUGAAAUGGCAAACUCCCAGGUAAAACAGGAGGCUGUUUUGCUGCAUGAAAAACUUUAUGAAUUGGAGUCUCAUCGAGACCAAAUGAUUGCUGAAGACAAAAUCAUGGGAUCUCCAAUGGAAGAAAGAGAGAGAUUACUUAAGCAGGUUAAAGAAGAUAAUCAGGAAAUAGCCAGCAUGGAGCGACACAACAGUGAUAUGAGAAGAGGUUUUAUGAAGCUUGGGAAUCUACUAAGAUAUAUGGGAUCUCUGUCCUAUCUCAUCCAGCUGGCCAGAUAUGUCUUCCAGCUCAAUCUGAUGACAGUUAAGAACAUGGAUUUGAGAAGAGAAGAGAGGAAUAUUCUCCCAGGCGAAAUGAAUCAGAAGUACAAGGAGCUAAAAAAACGAGAGGAAAAUAUGGACACUUUUAUUGAGACUUUUGAUGAAACUAAGAAUCGGGAACUGGAAAGGAAGGCACAGAUAGAAGCCAAUAUUGUUGCACUUUUGGAGCACUGUAGUAGAAAUAUAAAUCGUAUGAAACAGAUCUCUUCUAUCACCAAUCAAGAGCUGAAGAUGAUGCAGGAUGAUCUCAAUUUUAAAUCCACUGAAAUGCAGAAAUCACAAAGUACAGCUAGGAAUUUGACUUCAGAUAGUCAACGUCUACAGUUGGAUCUACAGAAAAUGGAACUUCUGGAAAGUAAGAUGACUGAGGAACAGCAUUCUCUGAAAAGCAAAAUUAAGCAAAUGACAACUGACCUGGAGACAUAUAAUGAUUUGCCAGCUUUAAAAUCAUCAGGUGAAGAAAAGAAAAAGAAGUUACAUGAGGAGAGAACAGUAUUAACAACCCGCAGAAAUGCCUUUAAGAAAAUAACGGAGAAGCUAAGCGUAGAAUAUGAGACACUAAAAACACGAUUGCAAGAAAAUGAGACACAUUCUCAGCUUACAAAUUUGGAGAGGAAGUGGCAACACCAUGAACAAAAUAAUUUUGUGAUGAAAGAAUUCAUAGCAACCAAGAGUCAAGAGAGUGAUUACCAGUCAAUUAUGAAGAAAGUGACCAAGCAGAUUGCAGAGUACAAUAAAAGCAUCGCGGACGCUCUACAUAGCAUGAGCAGAAACUGAGUCUGAACCAACCUUAAGUCUCUAUACUACGUAGUAUGCUCUUGCUGCUAAACUUUAUGUAAGCUGACUGAAAAAGAAUAGCUUAUCCUUGAAGAGUUUUACCUAAAAAUUUUGAGUGCUAUAAUUUUUGUGACCUCUUUGAAGAGGUUAUACUAUUUUAAAUACUGUAAUAGUUCAAUAAAAAGUUUGCAUACAGAAAA